UGAAACAAUACCACGUGUGUUUCUAGAAAGAAGUACGAACUAGAAAGGAGAGUAAAAGAUCUCGUUUCCAGCGUCGUACCGCUAGAUGUCAGUAAAGGACGAAUGAUGUUGAUCCGGGACAGUCCAAAGAACGAGAAGCGCUCGCGAGCGAAUAUACGGACCCCUACACGUUGGUACGGUCCCGUUUGCUUUCAUUGUGUCAGGCAGCUGAGUUUCAAUUUCACUAUUGUCAUCUCAGAAAUACCGCGCAUUGCUCGCUACAACCGAAUUAAAAUCGAAACGGGGAUAAAACUGAAGGCUCAGACGGGAGACACUCGAGCUUUAAAUUUUAAGUCCGCCAGCUGUCAAGACAGUCCAUGGCGUUUCAGAUGUCAAAACUUGCUGCUCGUGUUUGGCUCCUCGGAAGCUUUGGGGUCACGUCCAGCGCAGGGAACAGAUGUCCGACUCAUCUCGGUUUGAUCAGCAGACUUGCACAUCGCUCCUUUCGUGCGCUCAAAGCGCCGCCCUCCCCGGGGCUCUUACGUAAAGCAGACAAGUGGGAGAAGGUUUCCACGGCCUCAAAGUCACUUCACAGGCGGAGUGGAGGGGCUGUUAAGCUCGCGGGCGCCGUGGGGCUCUCCGCCGGGGCCCUGGCCUCUCUGAGCACGAGCACGAGCGCGCGGCCCGAGCUGAACCUGCAUUCAGAGAGCAGCGACUGGACGGAGGCGAAGAAAAAGCUUUGCUCCAUGGAUAAGGAGAAGAGGAGGGAAAUGUACAGGAUUGACUUUAUUCCUCUGGAGAAGAUUCCUGUCUGGAGUCCAUCAGGCGACCGGUCUUGCACGCCUCGGUACAAAGCCAACGAAGAGCUGAAUAAGAAAAUAUCGCUCUUCAGUGGUGACAUCACAAAACUGGAGAUUGACGCGGUCGCCAACGCAGCUAACAAGACACUUCUGGGUGGAGGAGGAGUGGAUGGUGCCAUUCAUCGUGGGGCUGGUCCUCUUUUGAGGAAGGAAUGUGCCACUCUGAACGGCUGUGAAACGGGGGAAGCCAAGAUCACCGGAGCCUACGGUCUGCCUGCAAAAUAUGUUAUUCACACCGUGGGGCCGAUAGUCCAUGAUUCAGUGGGGGACAGAGAGGAACAAGCACUGAGAAACUGUUAUUAUAACUGUCUGCACACAGCAACUAAGAACCACCUGCGGACUGUGGCUUUUCCCUGCAUCUCCACUGGAGUGUAUGGAUAUCCACCUGAUCAAGCAGUCCAUGUUGCCCUGAGAACAGUGAGAGAAUACCUGGAGCAAAAUCACGAUAAGCUGGACCGGGUCAUCUUCUGUGUGUUUCUGAAGUCUGACAAAGAGCUCUAUGAAACAAUGCUGCCUGCAUACUUCCCACAAGGUUCACCGCCAAAGAGCAAAUUAUGAGAGGAUGGCAUAGUUGCUGUGGAAACGCCACACAAACUGCUUUUCCGUCAAAUCACUGUCUCACUUUUACCUGAUGCAGCCCCUACAAACAUCAACAACAACAGCUGCCUGACACCACCUGAUUUAUUCAUAUCACCAAACCACUGCUACAUGGAAUUUGAUGAUUGCUAUCAGAUUCACGUUGGGAGACAUAUUGCUGUUGGAUUUGUGUUAAUAUUAAUAACAGUGUGGGCUUACAUGUGGUGGUUCACCCAAAAAUGAAACAUUUACUCAUCCGCGUAGAAUCAUAUACACAAAAAUACUGCUUAAUAAAACUUUCUUGCUUGACUUCAGAAAUAAUAUCAUACCUGUGUUUGACCGUGCGGUUCUAUCUCAAAUUUCAAAUCUCUUUAUUGCUUACUCUUGUUAUAUCUCCUCCCAGAAACAAUUUCCAGCAAUUACAUGAUUUGCACUGCAUUAGCACUAAAAUGAUAGAAGAUAUCCUAUGUGAAUAUUGUUUAUAGAGUUGAAUAAAAAUUGAAUUAAGGCAAUCAAAGGAAGCAAAAGAGUAUGUCAAUGGUUGUAACACUUAACCUAUAAUGAAAGUGCACUAUUUGUACUUCUUCAAUGUACUUUCUGUCUUCCAGUAUGAUAAAAGACCCUCAUUAAAGUCAACUCCCCUCUCUGAA